AUUUAAACGCCCCCGUGAGUGUCCCGGUCCGGCUGACUACCGUCUGUCCCAUGCUGUCAGUCAGUCCAGCGAUAUUGCGCGAAAGCAAAGAGCGAGUAGUUUUCAAAGUAAUUGCGGAAAGAAACAGAUGGCUAAUCGCUAAUUUGCUUAUUUUGCUUGUUAUCCUGAUGGAGCUGAAAUACAUGUAUCUCUUUCAUCUGUUGGCACUACCUCAGUCUUUUCUGGUCAUGUAUUCUACUUCAGUUGCUGCAGCUUGUACGUUCUGCGGGCUCUCGGCCCUGGGUCAUCUGGUUUUCAUUUGCCACACUUCGACCCAUCUGAUAUGGCGUCGGUGGAGUACUGACAAACGCAAUGCUGAUGCAGCUACUUCAUUUGACUCUGGCGUUGACUCAGCUCUCAACAAUCGCGACUUUCUUGGACCCACGGUUUUUUCCUCCCUGAACUCACCUACGGAAAGUUCUGCGGUUAGUUCGAGUUUGCAUAAUUUUGGAUUUUCUGGGUCGCGACAACUCCAAGCGAGUGUCAUUCAUCCAUUUGGCCUUGAUGUGUCUUCAAGACCCGCUCCUGGGCAACCAGUUUGGACCAAGCAUCCCUCCUCAGGUUCUAUACUGGUUGGAGAUAAUAGUACCCACUGUUUGAACCGAUCUCCUGAUGUAAACCCAAGACCAGUAUCACUCUUGGAUUUCGCUCUGAGCCCAAUAGUCGGUCCACCACUGCACACAGAGUCGGGCCUUUGUGCUAGCUUUGGAAAGAUCACACAACCAGCUUUUGUCAACAUGACUUUAUCAAACAUGCCUCCUACGUGGAAUACAGUCCAAACUUAUGUUUAUCAGUAUCAAACUUCCUCUCCAUCUCCAUCAAGUCCGAAGUGUGGUUCGUACAAUGACGACCUUGCCACAAAGUCUCCCACACUCAUCACACAAUCUCCACGCGCUUUGAUGCAUUCACCGUCCGAUAUAGUCUUUGGAGAUCCUCGUCACACUCGUCCUGGUAUUUGCGACCCAGUUACGGAGCGCAAUUCCUAUGAGUAUUGGAAGGAACAUGGCAUAACCGAAGCCCAGGUUGAACAAUAUGUCGUUGCUUUACGCAAGUGGCUCCACGGGACCAUUUUUCGUCGGCUAGUUGACCAAAUCGCCACAAUAAAUCGGCAUUUGAGCGAAACGUCUGGAAGCGAUGUUCUCAUUGGUUCCGUCACACUGAACACUCUACAAGAGCUCUGUUCGACGAAAUAUCAAUACCUGCCAUCGUUGCCUAUCCUGCUGUCUUUUUUGGAACUUAUGAAAGAUCAUGGAUAUUUGGUAAACCGUCUGAAAGAACUGGCUCGUGGAUGUUGCUUGGAGGAAUUUCGGUGGGACUCUGGCUCUAGAAGUUCAUCAUGGCCGUGGAAAGAACAUCUUCCCAAUGACAGCUUGAUACUCUUACAUAUGUUUGCCACUUACAUGGACUUGCGGAUGCCCCCUCAUCCAAAAUGCCCAGCUGGUCGCGUAUUUUCUCAAUUGUGCAUCGUACGAUAUCCGGACAAACCGGACCUACAGUCACGAUACAAUACUCAGUUGUAUCAAAUAAACGUACAGCCUCCGCAUUUCAAACUCGUCCUCGACGGGAAAAUGUAUACCAUCCCUGCAGGCCCAAAAAAUCUGUUUCAAGCGAUGGUGAUGUUUUUUCAUCACUCUUUCAAUGUUGACGGAAAGUUCCGGUCCGUUAGCUUAGGUCCAUCGGGCCUAAACGUCGCAUGGAUAUUUUCGAAAUAGCAAGGAGAAGCAGAAACACGAGUUACUUCCUAUUUGUACCUCUCAUUCCAGAAUCGAAAUUACAGAUUUUUACUAUCA